AUGGCGCUGGGGACAGCGGGAAGCCCCGGUAGCCGGGGAGCAGCGAGAGCGCGGGGUGGUCGGGCUGCCGCGGGCAGCGAUGUGAGCAGGGGCGCGGGCGGCGGCGUCUCCCCCCCGGGGCUGAGGCGGGACAUGGCGAAUGUCAAGGUGGCCGUCCGGAUUCGGCCUCUGAGCAAAAGAGAGAAUGCAGAAGGGGGAAGAAUAAUUGUAGAAGUUGAUGAAAAAGUGGCAAAAGUCAGAAACAUAAAGGUAGACAAUAGGCUUGAGGGCCCAUGGGACACAACAGAGAAGAUUGUGGCUUUUGGCUUUGAUUUCUGCUAUUGGUCAGUUGAUCCUGAGGAUCCUAAAUAUGCAUCUCAGGAAGUGGUUUUCCAGGACCUCGGCACCUCAGUGCUAUCUGGUGCUUUUAAGGGGUACAACAUCUGUCUUUUUGCAUAUGGACAGACGGGUUCAGGAAAAACGUACACGAUGAUGGGAACUCCAGCAUCCAUUGGGUUGACACCUCGUAUAUGUGAGGGCAUUUUCUCAAGGGAGGAUGAUUAUUCAGAGCAGCCAGCAUCUUGCAGAGUAGAAGUCAGUUUCCUUGAAAUCUAUAAUGAGCGUGUCCGAGAUUUGUUAAAGCAAUCAAACCAGAAGAAACCUUAUACGCUUCGUGUCCGAGAGCAUCCUGAGACAGGUCCAUAUGUGCAAGGAUUGUCUCAGCAUUUAGUUACAGACUACAAACAAGCCAUAGGACUUCUAGAAGAAGGAAUAGCCAACAGAAUCACAGCAGCUACGCAUGUUCAUGAUGCCAGCAGCAGAUCCCAUGCCAUCUUCACCAUUCAGUACACUCAGGCUAUACUGGAGAACAAUCUCCCCUCUGAAAUUGCAAGCAAGAUCAACCUGGUGGACCUUGCAGGCAGUGAAAGAGCUGAUCCCAGUUAUUGCAAAGAUCGAAUUACAGAAGGUGCCAACAUUAACAAGUCAUUGGUUACUCUGGGAAUUGUCAUCUCCACCUUAGCACAAAACUCUCAGAUGUUCAGCAGCUGCCAGAGCAUAAACAGCAUAACUAGUGAAGGGGACAACCAUGCGAGCAGUCACUCUCCAGGCAGUGUCAGCGGGACUAGGCGUCAGGCUUAUAUCCCGUACCGUGACUCCAUCCUCACCUGGCUUCUGAAGGACAGUCUAGGGGGCAACUCCAAGACCAUCAUGAUCGCCACCAUCUCUCCUGCUAGCUCCAGCUACAAUGAGACCAUGAGUACUUUGAGAUAUGCCUCAAAUGCCAAAAACAUUAUUAACAAGCCCCGGGUGAAUGAGGAUGCAAAUGUAAAACUGAUUAGAGAACUACGAGAGGAAAUAGAUAGAUUAAAAACUAUGCUGAUGAGCUUUGAACUGAGGAAUUCUAGCCCUUCUUGGAGUGAUGACAGAGAUGGAAAUCUGACAGAAUUGGUUCUUCAGAAUGAAAUGAAGAUUGAACAGCUAACCAAAGACUGGAGCGAUAAGUGGACUGACAGAAAAGUCAUAAUGGAAGAAUACAGUGUGGACAUCAACAAAGAAAAAGCUGGAGUAACAAUAGAUUCCAAUUUACCUCAUUUAAUGGCAGUGAAUGAUGAUAUCCUCAGUACUGGAGUUGUGCUUUAUCAUCUCAGGGAAGGAACAACCAAAAUUGGAAGAUGUGAUUCAGACCAGGAGCAGGAUAUUGUUCUGCAGGGUCAGUGGAUUGAAAAGAACCAUUGUAUUAUAGACAACAAGUGUGGGAUUGUGACACUGCGGCCAGUCCAGGGAGCAUAUUGUACUGUAAAUGGACAGGAAGUCACUGGUGCUUGUCGUCUGUCACAAGGAGGUCUUGUUGUCCUGGGCAAGGCUCAUAAAUUUAGGUUCAACCACCCAGCAGAGGCUGCCAUUUUAAGACAAAGAAGAUUGAUUAGUGAAGCCUCCCCCAUACUGAGCAGCAAAUAUUUGGAAUGGCUGGACUUGGGUGGAGAUUUCACUCCUUCCCUUCCCUAUAUCUUUUCUCCACUUGAAAAAGAAAGCCAAAAGCAUGUAGGCCAUGAGGAGUGCAAACAUUCAGCUGAAAUGAUGAGCAGAGAGAGAGAUUCUGUGCACGAAGAGUACAAGCAGAAGCUGAGAGAUCAGGAAGCUUUCCACAGGGAACACAUUCAACAGCAGCAGCUCUACAUUGAGGAUUUAAAGCAGCAGAUCCUGUCAGGACAGAUCAAAGCAGAGCGGGAACUAGAAUAUGACCAGGCACUAAUCAACCAGCAGAUCAGAGAAAACCAACAGUGGCUUAUUAAUGAGAAGAAACGACUGGCUUCCCUCCAGCCGCAGCAGAGGGAGUUUGCUGUGCAGACAGAAUCUAAGUCAUAUGCAGAAGCUGAAGUGCAAAAUACUGUGGAUUUGGAGAUCUGUCCUUCCCUGGUAGAGCAGAACAGGAAGAAAUUGGUACAACUGGAGCUUUUGCGGAGAUACUCUUUAAAGAAAGCUGAAAGAAACAUAGGGCGGAAAAAGGUCAAGUUCCAGUUGGAGAGGAUUGUCAAGAAGCAAAAAUUACUGGAAGCCAAGAGAAACCUAGAGCAGCUAGAGGCUAGCUACUGGCUCAGUGAGGAUAACCUGAAACAGUCCCAAGUCCUGAACCAAAAUACCACAAUUACCUCCUGGGAUUACAAGUUGCAAAGGAGAAGGAAGUCAUUGGGUUCAAGUUCCUUGCAACACAGAAGGCAUUCUUUUUGUAAUCUUUACCCACCGCAUGUACCUAUUUACAGCUCUUUCCUGAAGAGGGAAACCACCUCUGAAUUAUCUACCUCACCAAAUACCUAUAAAUGGCAUGAAGGCAAUGCACCACGGAAAACGCUGUCUCUAGAAUAUCUACCCAGAACAAUUAAAGACAAUUCCAGGAGAGAUGACCGUAAUGAUGAGAGGUAUAGGUCCUUUGCAACACAGAGACAGCUAACUAAAAAACAAAAGACAUCACUGUUUGGAAAUGAAAAAGGGCCAGAAAAAGACUGUAAUGAUCCCGUUAUCAUGUUACAUAUCAACAAAGAUAAUAAAAAAAUGGAAAAAUUAGAUGAUAGACUAGUACAAACUGAACCUCAAAGCCAGACCUCUAGGAACCUCUCUCCCAAUCAGCUUAAGAAGAAAGGUGAACUUGAAACCUUUAUUACAGGGACACAAGUGACCAAAGUGAAGGUAUUAGGAGAUUCAAGUCAGUCUACAGGGAAACAGCUAGAAGAAAGUGAAGCCCAGGCAUCUCAUAAAAAGUCUAGAAUGAAUUUAAGAGGAGAGCACCAAGAUUCACUUCCAGAAAGCUUUAUUAAGGAAGUGAAAAAAUCAAUAGUGCUUGGAAAGCCACCAUCAGGUUAUCUAAGUCAAACAGCAAGGAACUUGAAAAGAGAGCCAAAGUCAUCCUUGCCAAGUCAUGAUAGGCAGUUAGUGGAAAAGCAGGAGUUUCUCAUGACAGCUACUUCAGUAGGGAACCUUAAUAAGAUAAACAUCCAGACACCACUCCGUUACAUUGAAAAAAAAUGGCACAGUGCUGAGGUGUUGAGUGUUGGAAUCUCAAAAACAGCCACAGAUCUGCUAGGGAACUGGCAAGAGGAUGAUGAAAAUGACUUUUCUGAUACUGAUAGUUCCUACUCUGUGGAUUCUCUCUCCUGUGCUUAUGCAAAAGCCUUGACCGAGCAACUGAAACAGGAAGAUUCAGACAGGAAUAAGUGUAUCACCAACCCAGAAGAUUCCGAAAGUGAUGAUAGUCAGAUGUCUCAAGACUCUCUGAUAGAAAAAGAAAAUAAAGCCAAAAAACGAAGUAAAAAACGUUUUCACAAAUUAAUGGUUCACCAAGAGCCAGUUAAGUUUUACAAAGGCAGAUAUGACCACCAUAUCUCACCUUUGGUGACCUCAUCCACAUCACGCAGUGGAUUGGGAAAGACUGAAAGAAGCUUUUCUCUGGAUAGCUUAGCCGAUGCAGAAGAGGUGUCAGCAGAAGAUCUGGUAGAAGAAUCCAAAUCUGAUUCAUCCGAUGAAGUGCCUGCAGAGAUAUUUUGGAGGCUGCAGAGUCCUAGGUCCUCAGCCAUACAGACUGAGGAAUACCAGAAGCCUGGAACCUGUGACACAGAUGUAAAAGGAACAAAUUAUGAUCUAAAACAGAGCAGUUCUUUUUAUCUGGAUACUCAAACACAGUCCAUUUGCAAUAAGACUUGCAAACAGCCAUUGAAAGAGAUGAAGGUUUGUUUUCUAGAGCAAGAAGGGUCUGUUGAUCAAAGACUUAAUUCCACAGGUGGAAACUCUCUGACGCUCACUGAUGCUUUGUCUUCAUAUGACUCAAAAAGUGAAAUCAGCAGCCCCCGAAUAGCUGUACCUUCUUUUCAUAAAAAUUUACGAUUUCGUGGUGCUCAUCUGAGCAAGCUGGAAUGUUGGCUGAAGAAAGAUGACCUAAAGCAGUCAGCUGCUGAAGUAUCUUUUGUCUCUGGCUAUAAGCAGUUACAUAGUAUUUCUCAUGUAUCACAUGGCGUAAAUGAGAUAAAUGCAACUUUCUCCUCUGAUGGAUCAGAAAUACCAUUACCAGAAACAACACAUUUUGAGAUAGAUGAAAACAAAGUUCCUGAGAGUGGAUCUUUAUUAAGUAAGAUGGUCAAAGAAAAUGCAAAUUCUGAUGAAAAUUCUGUCUUAGAAUCUCAAGGUGUUAGGUCAUUGUUUGUCAGUUCAAUAGGACCGAGCACUUCAUGUGUUCCCAUUUCAACAUUUUCAGCAAAACAUGGUUAUUAUGAUGUCAAGUCAGUUCAUCCUAAACACAAACAGCUUACUGUAUCAUCUACUUAUGGAUCUACUGUUGAAUACACACAACAGUAUAGCUGUUUGAAAAAAACCUCCAUGACAGAUUGUUUGUUACCAGUAUCUGGAACAGAAGAGGGCUCUCUCCCUACAAUUUAUCCUGAACUGCCCAAGGAUCAGGAUUCUAAAAAAAUAUCAUUAAUUUCAACACCAUCUACAUAUGUUUUACAGCAGAGAAAUGAUCAUGGAAAUUUUGAUUUAGAAGAUAAUGAUUGUGAUAAUAUGAUAAUGGAAUCAAAAACAAUAGAUCCAAACACUAGAGAUGCAUCUGUCAAUGCAGCUACCAGUGGAUUGCCUAAAGGGCUGUCUCCUGAUUCAACUUCAAUACCCACAGUAGGAACGUCUUCAGAAAAACAGGGAAUAUAUGAAAAAUAUGGCCACCUCUUUGCAAAAGAGGGAACAUCAACAUCCCAUGAUGAGGGUUUCUUUCUCAGUGACCUGUCAAACAAGAAUAGGAAUACUGGUAUAAAAAAACGUUAUAUACUUCAGACUUCUGUUGAACAAGGAGAAAAUUCUGCUGGUAAAGUAGGUCUACUCAGUUACAGGGGGAAUAAUUUUGAAUCUGUGCAGAAGAUGGAUUACCAACAGUUGUCUGCAGGAGAAAUAACCAUAGACAAAGAUUUUUCUUCUGAAAGAAAACCCUGUCACACUGGUUCUGCAGCCUUUCCCCAGGAUGCUAAUUAUGACCAAUUCAGAAUAUCAAUAGACACUUUUCAGAAGGAAUUGGUCUGUAAUACAACAAGUAGAGAUAUCCUUAUUGAAACUGCCUUGGAGGCCCCUUCAUUCAGAGAUACUGAAGAAUAUGAACAGAAGGAAGAAAAUCUGUGUUCACAAAAUAAUUGUGAAAUUCAAAGGAAAGUUGUUUUAAAGAAUGAUUUUCUUGAAAGUUUACAGGCUGACAAUCCUGAAAGUUGCUUAUCCCUACAGGUUUUGGGAAACACCACAUUAUGUCCUGAGACUAUAAGAAAAGAAAGCGGAGAAAGUAAAGAAGAACAUAAUUUGAGUUCUCACCCUGUAGGCCAGGAAAGGUCUUCAUCCAAAUAUAGAAAUUUGGUGGUAGAUGAAUUAAGAUAUCUUAAUGUGAAUUUAAAUGGAAAAAACACUGCACUUUCAACUGCAGCUACUUGUGAAAUUAGAGAUGAAUCCACCUCACAGUCCAACUCAAAUGAAUUUUACUAUGACACAGCAAAAACUAAUCUUUUCCUACGUGCUUCUGAAACUGAGAAAUAUAAUACACAACUGCAGGAUCUUACAGCGAUUAAUGAAAUUUGUGAUACCAGAUCUAAUCUCAGUAUAGAAUACAAUGUUGAAAAAAGUUGUUGUUCUGGUACUAAUUCGAAUUGCCUCUGCACAAUGUGCUACUUAAAAUCUGAAGAGCAGAGAAACAAUAUGUAUAAAAAGGCUGAAGGUCUUGUGGGAUAUGAUGCAGCCUUUCUCUCUGAUGAUACCCAGACCAAGAACAAAUCCUUUCCUGAAUCAAGAGGAGAGAGUGAAACUGCUUUUUCUUGUAUGGUUCGUAGUGAAAGUGAUUUCUCAGGAGAGGUUUUGUUUGUUGGAGGAACCAGUAAUAAUGUAAAAACAAACUUUGGAAAAGUGCUUGAACACAAUACAGUUAUAUCAGACACUGCUUUCCAAGAAGGGAGUCCAAGUUUGAAUAACAAAUCUGAAUGCACAAAGAAGGCAGCUGAUCCUGAAGAUGAAAUUAUCCUGGAAGAGACUCUGGUUCCCUAUCAGAGUAAAAAAGUAAACACCACUGAAGAAAUUGCUAAACUGGUUAACAGUGUCAUCAAGUUGGAAAGCAAUAUUUUGGAAAUUAAAGCUAGACAGACUGAAACCGUACAUAACUACUCUGUAGUUGAAGCCGAAUGUGAUAUUGGAGAAAAGAGCAGAAAUAAUUUGGAAAACAAUAGUCUAGUUCAGAGAUCAAAAGAGCCCAGUGAUCUUGUGGCUUGCAAAGAUCACCAUGAGUUUUACAAAAAGCUGCACACAACAGUACUGCGUGAAGAGGCAGAGAAAGAAGAAUCAGGUGUAUAUAGUGGUGGUGGUGUAGGACACACUGAUGGAUCAAAAACAGAGGAGAUUUCUGACAGCUGCAUUCAGACAAGUAGCUUUCAUGAAAAUAAAAGGAAAGCAAACAUGAAAAUAAAUUAUUGUUCAACAGAGACUGAAGCUGCUUCUAAAAGCAUUCCUUCAUCAGUGUGUUCCAGCUCGUCAGAUUUCACUGAGAAUACUAUAGGCUUCCUUGAUACUUAUAAGGAGUUGAAGCAGACUAACAGAAUAAUAGAAAAUGUGUUGAAUACUAAAAGUAUAGCCAGAACAAUACCAGGUAGUUCUGGAGAAGAGAACUCUUUAGAAAACGGUGAAAAGGAACAAAAAAAUGCUUCUAGUGAUACAAGUGAAAUUUGUAUAACAGACUGCUUGGUGAUGGCCCAUGAGAACUUUUUUCAAGAAAACAGAGUUGAUGGAAGCAUAACUAACUCCAAAAUGAUUGAGAGUGAGGACCAAACUAAUGUAAAAGACCGUGAGAUGUUGGUUAGCACAAGGAGAGGUGAACUGCACACAAAUGUAAAUGUUUCAUUUAUGCAAGAGAUUCCAGCUCUAGAUCAGAUGUAUUCUGACAGAGACAACAGUGAAAAAUUUAUAAUUGAAUCUGAGAUCCCAGAAAGAUACUUUACAGCUUCCAACUUAGAAGAACAAGAUGUUUUGUCAGUUGAUACUUCAGGGUUGACAGGAGGUAGCCAUGAUGCAAUUGAAAAGAAGGGCAAGACAGAUCUAAUGAAUAAAUUGGUGGAAGACAUCAAUAACUGUGGCAGUUCAGUUGAUGAUAGUGCAGUAAAUGAGAAAAAUGUAAUCAGAGGAAAAUCUGGAAGACUUAUUAAAGAGAAUAGCAAUACAGAUAAGAGUUCUUAUUCCGAGUAUAGGGUGUCUGAAGAUUUGGAUGUAAAUUUUAUUGGAAACAGACCUGAUAAUUUUGAAUCUGAUCCAGUGCGCUUCAUAGCACAAGAGAAGGAGAAAACACAUCAGAUAAAACUGGAACAAAUGGCUAAAGCAGAUGUAAUAAAUGAAAGUUUGAAAACAUACAAUGCAUCUGUUUUUAGAACAGAUAAAGAACGGAAGGUUUUCAAAGAAAACAUUGAGAGUCGAGAACUGACUGCUUCACAAAAUCAAAAUGAAGUUCCACCUGAAAACAAAGGCAGCCACCAACUGACAAAUAAUAAAUUAAAUGAGAUCUUAAAAGAAAGUCAUUGGGUAUCUAAAGAUUGUUCUAGAAAUGAUGCCAAUGUUUCCUCAGUACCUAAUAAACAACCGCGUACCCCAGAAACUAUAAAGUCUUCUGAAGAAACUCAACAGUGUUUGCUUGAAGUCUUUCCAUGUCAGUCUUUAACUCAUCCUUCAUAUUUUGGAAUAAAUAACAGCACAGAAGUUGUGCAGAAUGAUCCCACUGUGUUAAGAGGACAUGUAAAGUCAUUUAAUAGCAAUGCUGGUACUGGAGUUGUUCUUCCUUAUUAUGAAACAUUAAUGGAGAAUGAUGUGCAUGUUGGAGCACCCAGUACACUUAUCAAAGAGAGAAGAGAUGAAUCAUUGUCUGACAAAAUGCAAAAUAAAGACCGUGAUUUUCUGCUAACGAUGGUCAUGCAGAACAAGCAGAGGGAAGGACACUUUGUAUUAAACAACACAUCUAAUUAUGCUGUAUCUGGGCAAUUUCCUAAUAGUGAUGACAUAAAUUCAACUUCCUCUAUUGCAGAGUGUCAUGAAUCCAUAAUUGUUACACCUAGUCAAGGCGCAAGAAAUAAUUCAGUUUCCCUGGGAGGGUUAGAUUCUCCUGAAGAUAUAAUUCAAAACGUGAGCAAUUCUGAUGCAGAGCACAGCUUAAGCACAGGCUUAAAUGUGGGAGGAAAAUCAAAAGUUCGUUUUAAUUCCUUAGAUGAUAUAGUUCAAGAAGGAAGUAUGACUGCAUCAGUGGAUGUGUCUGGUCCACAGACUUCAGAUAAUCAAAAUCUGCUUUCCUCUUCAAUGUUGAAAGAUAAUGCUAUGAGAGAGAAAAGAAAGCAAUCACUACCAGAGGUCUGUUCUCAGAAAGGUUUUCAAAAUAUUAAUAUAAGUCAGAAAGAAUUAGCACAAUGCAAUCAGACAGAGAAAUGUUCAGCUGCAGACUAUAUUAAAACAGACUGUACAAGUAAUAGUGAAAGGAUUCCUGAUGUAUUUGGAUAUCAAACUGAACCCAGUGAGAUUCAGGCAUAUGGGGCUUCUAGAGAUCUCCGUGUGGGAUAUCCAGACAACUCUGCAGUUGUUUCUGAGACCCUUUUAGAAAGUAUUAAUCAGCCCUUGUGGAAAAAUGCUCAUUAUGAUGAACGCUCUGCAAGAUAUAAUAUGAAUUCUUGUGUUUCUAAAUAUUCUGCUGGUCUGCUGAAGAAUAGCCCUGCUACACUUGCAAAUGCGUUGGUAGACAGCAGAGAAGACAAAUGUAAAAUUGAUGCUGUUUGUUUUGGAAAAACAAAAUACUUUGAAAGUGAAUCAGUAGAUUUGGAUGUGCCUAUACUUGUUUCUGAUGAUCUCUCUGUAAAUCAGAAAGAUGAUGAAAGCAAAAUUUGUUCUGCAGUUGGAGAGAGAGAGAGAACAGACACACAGCAUGAUGAAAUCACUAAAGAGGUCGUUGGAGUAGAUCAAAAGCAAGAACAAAGUCAAAAUUCUUUCCAGAUUUGCCAUGGUAUAAAAGAAAAAAUAUUGUGUUUAUACCCAGAAGACUAUAUUGGUAGUUCUGGCAUGAAACUACCAGAGAAGAGCUUGCUUACUUAUCAAAGUCUUGAACAAAUUAGCAAUAAGGAAACAAAAUCUCUUACCUUAUGCACUGUGGAAGAUGUUCCAGCUUAUUCAACAUUUAAAAGUUCCAACAAGCUUAGUACCUUUGAAACCUCUAAUGUGCCAGAAAAUUCAAAAUCUCUGAAAUUUAGGCAUCUUGAUAACUCAUUGCAAGACAUUUCUUUGACUGACCGGUUGUCAUCUACUUUUACAAAUCCUCAUUCUCUACAAGAAAAUCAAGAGAGAGAGUUUCCUCGAGCAUUUCCAAAAGUUUCUUACCCAUCAUUAAAAAUGUUUUCAGAAUAUCCUCUUACUGCUGACAUUGGUUACAAUGAAACUGGCAGAUACGAUGUUUCACAUACAACUACUUCAAACUGUUCUGCAUUUGAUAUAGCACAAAUGCAAGAGAGUCAAUCUGAUGAUGCUGUGAUAUUUGACCAGCAGCCAUCUGCUUCAACCAGUAUUGUAGUUUCUCUUACAAAUGAAAAGGGACAUCUCCCAGUAGCUGAUACAAAAUCUACCUCUCAAGGAUAUCCUGCUGAAGAUGGAAAAUCAAAAAAUAAAAGUAACUCUGAACAACUCAACAAUGAAACAGAAGUUGAUAAACAACCCUGGGAUAAAGUUUCGCUACAACAAGCAUUUUUAGAAAACUUAGGGAAAGUAGAAGAUGGUGUUUCUAUGUCAUCAUCAUUAGCUGUUGGGGAUGCUAGAAGAGCAACUCUUAAUAAACAAGAAAAUAUGAGAGAGAGAAUUAGCAGAAAUGAGAAGGAAUUGCAUUCAAACAUAGAGAAGGUACUUCCUGCAACAGACAGGAAGCAGAGAAGAACAUUUUUAAGAAAAGAUCCUGUUGAAAAUCAAGCCAUAGCGCCAUCAGUUUUUGCCAAUGAGUUAAUGGACCCACGAAUUACAAUAUCGCAAAACCCAUGUUCAGGAAACAUUGGUGUGGAUUCCAAGUACAUGUACAAUCUGUAUGGGGGAGUAUGUCCCACAAAUAACAAUGCUGCUGAUCCCAAAGAAACAUAUUACACUGCCUCAAAUUUUGAAAUAAAUUCUUGUGCAGAUUUACAAGACAAUUGGCAGGUUGGGCAUGCCAGGGAAAAAGAUCAAAGGAAAGCAAAUGUAAGCAGUGGAAAAGAUAUGGUACACUGCAAAAAUAAUGCAUGUUCAAAUGUUGAUAGUCCUGACAAUUUUCAGAUAGUGGCAGAUAGUAUAAUGAAGAUUAAGCAAAAGACUUCAAAAUCAGAAAGGCAAAAUCUUUCUGGCAUGAAAAAUGAGAAUAUGUCCUUCAAAAUUUUACCAGAAAACAGUUCUUUGCCUCCACAGGAACCCAAGUUGGUAUUACUUAGGAAUGAAAAAUCAUACUUUACUGCACAAAAUACAAAGCAUUGCAAACAAGAUGAACAAAGAAAUUGUUUACAGAAUCACAUAUUGUCAGCCCCAGCUAUUUCUGCAAUCCCUGAUCUUGAAUACACUUCCAAAGUUUCGUCUAAGGCACAUCUUUCUUUGUAUCUUGCCUCUAAAUCUUUACAAGAAUUGAAUAUGAGUGUUGAACCUCCAUCUCCAACUGAAGAUGAUCUUCAUGGAAUUGAAAGAUUUUCAAAAUUGGAGUCAGAUAAUUUCAUACUGGCUAAAUAUAAACCUAGAUUGCAGCAAAGAUUGGUACAAACUCAGAGACUUGCUAAUUAUGAUCCAAAAAGCUCACAAAAUUAUGGGGAGAGAAGCCGAGGCAGCAACUCCUUAGAGCCCUCUGCUAUUCACUAUUCAACUGCUUUGGCACAUAGAGCUGGUCGUUCCAUGGAUAUAGAAGCAAAAAAACAUUCAAAUAAUACUACUUUACCACAGUGCGAUGAAGAGACAAUUGAAGAAUUGAGAGAUCAACCAGAAGAAACAGAUUUAUUUUUACAGGACAAUAAAGAUGCAAUGCAUUUUAGUUCAAGUGAUAUCAAUCCAUACAUUCAUCCAUGGCAGCAAGAUGGACUCUGCAAGAUUGGUUGGAAGCAAUAUGUUUUUGGUAGUGCAAGUGAUGUCUCUUGCAGUCAGCCUCCUGUAAGCCUGGAUAAUCAUAAGGUUAUGAGAUGCUCCAGUGUGGAUAAUGGACUGAACUCUCAAAACUCCCCUUUUCACUCUCAUCUCAGUUCUUAUGCUAAUGCAAAAGUACUAUCAAGCACUUUAAGCAGCAUUGAAGACCCCCAGGGAUGGGAUGAUGCGAGACAGGGUUUUGAAUCUACAUAUUCAAGUGACAACAGCAAGCAUUAUGUAAAUAUAUCCAGUGAGAUACUUGAAACAAACCCCAAAAACAGAAUUUCAAAAUUUGAGAAUCCUUCUGAGCAACCUGGAAACACUUCCGUGCAAGUUGACGAAAUUGUACUCCUCUACCCUUCUGAGUCAGAAACAGCCUCCAAAAAACCACAAGGCAUUACUUGUGAGCAGGGAACACAAACAAUGGCUACAGGAAGGUAUAAAAGACAGAAAAGGCACCGGAGAAGUUAUACAGAUGUUUCUGCAAGAAAACAAGAUGCAAGUAGGAGUUCAUUUCAGCGACCUUCUUCUUGGGCGAGCAUGCAGAAUCUGUCCAUGCACCUAUCGCAGCUUCUUCAUAACACUUCCGAGCUGCUGGGAAACCUCUCCCAUCAGAAUGUUCUAGAUAACGAGCAGAAUGCCAAAAUCAAUCAAAGAGGAAUUGCUGAAGAGAUUGCAAGGGCUGCUAUGUCAGACAGUUGUACUCAAACUACAGGAGAUGUAGGCAUUCAAGCUGAUAUUUCAGAACAUCCACAAAGCAAAAACAAAGAAAAUCUAUUGCAGGCAAAAAUUGAAAAUGAAUUGAUGAAAACUCAGGAAGUGAAUGUGAUUGUGAAAGUGGUAGGUUCAGAUACUGUAUGUAGGUCUCAGGAAAAGAAAGAUGUAGGUCUGACUGUUCAAGCGAGAACUCCAGAAAGCAUUGAAAUGAGAAUGCAGAGCAUGCCUGACUUCAAUGAUUCUGCUGCUAAUAGUUUGGGAGAUUCCUUUAUGCAUCUGCCUUCGUUAGCCAGAGCCUCCACUCCUAUCUUAGAUUUUCAGAAACCACCAUUCAGCGCACAGCAGAAUGUUGCUUUUGGCAGUCCUAGAGUUUCUCCUGUUGUAUCAUCUUCACUGAGUUCAGGACAAGAUGAAUCUUCAUGCACAGUAGUUAGCAGCUCUACUUCUAGUACAUCACAAUCUCCAGCACAUUACACUCAGGAUAAGAGAACUGUUGAUGAAUCUGAUAUUGCAGUAGAAAGGAAGCUAUGUUAUAAAAACACCUUAUUAGUUGACAGAGCCUCUUCCCCUAUUCUGACACUUAGUGCAAAACCAAGCAACCAGGUUACCUGUAGGAAGUCCAUUUGUUCUAUCAAGGGAUCUGUGGAACAUCCUCUUGAUACUUCAAAUUUGCUUAGCAAUCAAAAAAAGCAAGGAUCACGGUCAUGUUCUGGCUUUGGCACCUUGGAGCCUCAUGUAGAUAAUUCUUCACAAACAGAAACAGACAAUGAAUCUACCACUUCUAGAAAUAGCAAGGAAGUGAGCAAGAAAUCUGGAAGUUUCUCAGAUAAGAACAUAGCUAAAGAGUUCUUAGGAAUAGGUGUUUCAAAAGAAUUGAAGGAAAAGCACAGAUUCACUGUUGACGCACACACUACAAUUCGUGCAAAAAGACUGUAUCAUUCAAGUAGUACUUUAGAGGUUUCUGGCCGUGGGGAAUAUUUAGUUGAUGAUCUCAAAGAGCAUGUUCCAAUGGAACGUUCACUACAUUGUAUGUAUGUCAGCAGAAGAGGAAGAGGCUCUUCAGGAAGAAUCAGAUGUGACAAAACCAGUGGAAGUUCUGAUGCCUCUUUGAUUAAAAACCACUCUCAGACUUCUUUUGUUGAGGAAUGUAGACAUUCCCCUCCAAAUUCUGACUUGCUUUUUAAUCAAGAAAUUAGCACAUGUUGGUCAAGCAAGACAAAUGCUGAUGGAUCUCCAGAACAUCAGAUAGAAGCCUCUUCUGCACAGUUCCACCAUUCCUUUUGGAAAAAUCAAAAUAGUUGCCCUUUUCCGCUUUCUAAAAUGAGUGACAUGCAUGUACCCCUUCAAGAUGAUGAUGCAGCAUCGGCUUCUGCAAGUGAAUGUAAUACUGAAAUUUUACUAAAUGAGAAUGCCUCCUUAGUGAAGACACACAGGCCACGAAGCUAUAGUCUUCGUGACUUGCCCCUACACAAUAAAUUUAUCAACUGGUGUGGAGUGAAGGGCAGUCCUCCGUCCUCAAUAAUUAGCUUGACUGGCAGUGCUGCUGAUUUACAAAAUCAAAUGGAAAAGAAGCCAGUCAGCAAACAAGGAACUGAAACAGAAGGGAAAUCCCAGCCUUGGGAAAGUAGAACAAGAGAAAUUGAGAGACUUCAAAGAGAGCGUGCCCAGAUUAUGUCUGGCAUACAUCUGGAUAUGAAGCAGCACCCUCUUACUGUAGAGCUUACUGAAGCAAAACUGAAUUAUGGAAUUGGGGAAACAGAUGCACUGCUGAGAAUUCUUCAGAAUGGAACAGGGGAGGAUCUGACUUCAGUUCCCAUAAAGCAGCAACUUUAUGAAAGGCACAUGAAGACAAUUGAUGCCCUGAGAAAGCAGAGGGAGGAAAGGCUUCAGAGCUUUAGGAGAACCCGUAGUCUCAGUCCACAAAAGCAUCUGAGCCUGAUGCAGACGUUGGACACAAACCAGCGGGAUCUGGAUCUCCCCAGCAGACGCCGAGAAUACUUGCAGCAACUGAGAAGAAAUGUAGUAGAAAAUACUAGAGUCCAAGAACCAAAGAGGAGGAUUGCCCAGUAUCCUUCAGAGAUUGAACUACUACUCCGAGACUAUCAGAGGGCACGAGAGGAGGCCAAGACUGAAAUUGCAAGAGCAAGGGACAAACUUCGGGAGAGAGCUGAGCAAGAAAAGAGACGUAUACGAGAGCAAAUAUUUUCUCAUCUACAGAAGGAAGAAGCAAAGCUGAAGACACUUGUAAGCACAAGCACUUUAUGUACAGAUUCCAGCCUCAGUCUUUCCUCUGGCCCAACAUCUGGUUAUAACAGCAGCAAUGCUGCUACUUAUGCUGCGAGUAAACUCAGCAAACAGGAAGCACUGAUUUCUCCUGGAAGUGCAGAGCUCCCAAGAGGAGAUACAAGAGGUCGCUCAGCUGUUAGAAAUAGUCAACUUUAUGUGUUAGAGCAACUACAAAAGAAAUCAGAAUGUGAGAGCAGCAGAGUUCAGCCACCACUUCCAUCUGCUAGCAUCAGCCAUAGGUUCAGUCCUGGACUAACUCUUUCAGUCAGCUCCUCUCCUACAAAAGAAUACCAGGAUUUAUCCAAACACAUUUUGGCUAAUGCUACCACUGAGGUUAUGGCAGCCUGUUCAAAUAACCUGAGGAACUUUUACAAAUGCCAGGCAGCAGCUGGUUGGAAAUACCAGUGUACAGAAAAAGAGGUACUGGUUUAUUACAAAGUCUUCCCAUCAGCAACUAAGCAUGGGUUUUUGGGAGCUGGAGUGAUUGAAAGACCCCUUCCCAAGGUGUGGUGCAUGGUGAAAGACCCUGGCAAAAGGCAUCUAUAUGACAAAACCAUUAACACAGCUCAAGUACAUAAGAAAGUAAUGAGCCAUAUUCAGCUGGUAUAUUUGGUGAGUGAUACUUCAUUGUGUUACCUAAAGCAACCACGGGAUUUCUGCUGCAUCACCGUAGAGGCCAAAGAGGAAAACUUGUCGAUUUUAGCUAUUCAAUCUAUCUACGAUGAGUCCAUGCCUCGUCCUUGUAAAGAAAUGGUACGAGGAGAGAUUCUGCCAAGUGCUUGGAUAUUGGAACCUGAUAGAGUAAAUGGAAAAGACAUCACCAGAGUCAUUUACAUGGCACAGGUUGAUCUUGGCGCCCCAGCUAUCCCUGCACAGCUUCUGAGCUCCAUUGUUAAGCGGCAGCCUCUGGUGAUUGCUAGACUAGCACAUUUUUUUGCUAGUUAACAAUGUUAGUUAACAACAGAACCAGACACAGUUACAGUGGGUGACAGCUACUAAGUACCAAGGAAUGGAUGUGAAAGUCUUUAUCUUCCAGACAAAGUAACAUUUUGGCUUAGAAAACAUGUCCCACUUCAGAACUGGAGAUGAGACGCCACAGGCUAACCAGCCAUGGACAAAGCUAUUACUGAAACAAACAAAUGGAAGAUCAGGAGCUCCAGGAAUCACUGUUCAAAGAGUAAACAUUUCUGGGGUACUUGUCCUUACCAGAGGUAGGUCCCUAACUGCACUUGCUGUUCAGUAGUGGGAAAAAGUACUGCCUGUAGAAGUUCUGUCAGCAAAGGCAGAGAGCGGUCACCUUGCAAGCAAUCAACCUCUAUAUGCAGAAAUCUGCUUGGGUGCAAAAGGCAGGUUAUAGCCAUUUCAAAGUGCAGUCCUUCCAAGAAAAAAGAAGUGGUGUAAGAGUAUAUCAUGGCCGGAGGCUUUUUACAAGCCCUUAAUAGAGAAACAAAUCUGUCGUACUGCACCUUGUAGCAUCUGACAAGAAUUAUGCUUACAGAUAGAAGCUUCGUAAUAAACAUUGUAGAUAAAGUCAGCUUGCCCACCUGGAGGAGUCACUUCAUCUUGGCAGGGUUAAAAUGUUAACAGCAUGACAAACUAAUCAUUCUACACCCCGCUUGAAUGAAGAGCUAAAUCCAGUAUAUCAAACCGUCACUAUUGAGCAACAGUGGCAAAAAAAACAUACCUCAGGAGAUGCAAUUUAUUAGUGCGCUACUACACGAUCAUCAUAAUGCAGAAUUAGGUACUUUGAAGUGGAGAAACCAAAUUCACAGUUGUAAAGCAAGACUAUUUAUUAUUUUUAAAAUAGAACUGAUGAUUCAAGUUGUUUCUAGAAUUAAAAUCCUGCAAAGUUUAGCUUUGUCCUGAUGGCUGUUCCAUUCUUUUUCUCACCUGUACCAACUAGAUUCUCUAGCCUGUGACAUAGGCUCUGUACCUUAGCAACUGUCCCAUUGUAGCCAUUCUGUUCACAGUUCCCUUGUAGCAUUACUUAUGAGCUCAUGGCUGGGAGAAAAUCUCCAGCUGAGUUUCGUCUGAAACUCCUGCUUUAAAGCUUUAUAUACAGAAAACCCUCUUCCUAUAAAAUUCAGUCAUGAAAUUCUUUUAAAAAUAAUUAAGGGACUAGGUUUCAUUGAGCUGUAUUAUUAUUAUUUUGGGUAAAGCUCUUCAACAUUGCUAUAGCAGAGAACCACUUAAGGCAUUUUAUUGCUUGUAAGGGGUAAAGGUCCCUGCUGUCCAAGGUAGAACUGCACUUUAAAUGUGAUGAAUGGGUACCUAUAUAAAGCAUCUAACUUAAACCACCAGCCUUAGGGGCCAUGUUGGGGUGAAAAAAAUCAUGGCUGUUUUUCUUAAUUUCAGCAAGUCCAGUGCACCUUUAGAAUCGGAGGGCUAAAGUCUGCGCUUUCAGUUCAACUCUGCGAUCCACCGACUUCACUGAGGGUGCACAUGCCUAACAGGGCAGAAUCCAGUCCUUAAGCUCAGUAAAUUAGACACCCAUUUGUGUCAAAUGCUCCAGAAAGUUAAAGUAAAAUAUUCAGAUCAAAUUUUUGUUCUAGUCUGACAGGGAUGAGUGAUUGCUUAGCACCUACUCAACAACUGUUAAGUUUACUUCAUUAAUCACUCACCUGCCAGAGAAAACAAAUUCCAGAAAUAGCUUUCAGCAAGUGACAAGCCCCCACGCUGCACUCCCCAAUGUUUAAAGGGAUAACAACCUAUUUCCUGCUUUCCACUUUAAAAAGCCAUCAUGUAUUGAUUUGUUACUUGGAGGUGGACUUUAAGUGCACGAAGCAAAAUUCCUCCUCCUGGCUCUAAGUACCCCAGAACCCUUCAAUUCAGACUUAGGGUAUGGCUACACUCGCACUUCGGAGCGCUCCCGCAGCAGCGCUUUGAAGUGCGAGUGUGGUUGCGGCACCAGCGCUGGGAGAGAGCUCUCCCACCGCUACAGGUACUCCACCUCCCUGUGGGGAUUAGAUUACAGCACUGGG